GGUUCACCGGCCGGGUUGUGUGUUUUUAGCCACUUCGGCUCGGCAGCGUCAGCAGUCAUGUUUAGCUGAAGACAUCUGGGAAACAGCCCGAUGUGAUUUGGAAGCAACGUCUCAUGUUGAACGUCUCCUUCCAGUGCUGCCCCCACAGCUGCUGCAUGGCCUAGCAGGACUCUGGACCCCGGAUCCACCAUGGCCAGUAACUUCCGCAGCUACAUCUGGGACCCCAUCCUCAUCAUCUGCCAGAUGGUGCUGAUGCAGUGCAUCUACUACAGUGGUCUGGGCCUGUGGUUGGCAGCGCUGGACAGUCUGGUGCAGACUCAUCGCUCUCUGGACCAGAUCUUCAGUUAUGAGGUCCUGGGCUUGGCCUCGAUGCACGGGAGGGUGUCCAUGAUGGCCUUCCUCCUCAACUCCCUCACCUGCGCCGUGGGUCUGUGGCUCUUCGUCCGUCGAGGGAAGCAGUGUCUGGACUUCACCGUCACCGUGCACUUCUUCCACAUGAUCGGCUGCUGGGUCUACAACGCUCACGUCCCCGCGGCUCUGGCCUGGUGGCUGGUCAACGUGGCCUGCAUCGCUCUGAUGGCCGUGAUCGGCGAGUACCUGUGCAUGCGGACUGAGCUGCGAGCCAUCCCGGUCAACACCGGGCCCAAGGCCAACCUCUGAGCGCUGCCCUCCAGACGGAGGCUGGACACCUGUUUAUCCCCGGCAGAGGUCGCAGAAGCGGACCGGCGUAUUUAUUCUUCACCGUCCUCGGCUGCGUGGACAGGGACGCGUGCCGUUUGUGUCCGCUCUGAUCCGGAUUUUCCAGAAAUGUUCUCAGUGGUGAGAAACUCAAGUUGGUUCCCAAGAGAUGAGACUGUUGAUCUUACAUGAGACAUUUCAUAGGUUUUGUAAGUAAAUAAAUGAGCUGGGUGUCGUACGAGCGGUGGUGGUUCAGAGGAGUCGGCUGGUGAAUGGGACGUGGGAUGGUGUCUGAGCUGGAGCCGUCCGCUGCUUCAUGGUCACCUGGUACUGAACUGCACUUCUCCAUCGAGGUCACUUCACUAAUCACUGGCUUUAAAGGAUGGACUGGCUGCCAUUCUUUCUCUCCACUCUACUGUAGAGUGUGUUGAUGCUGAUGCUGAUCCCUCCCUCAGUCAAAGCAGCGCUGCUGUGGUGCGCCGCGCUCCUCUUCCCACACACUCACAGCCAAGAAGCCCCUCACGUGCUUCAACAACUUCCAGCUGUUUCUAAAGCUGAUGCGCCUCUAACUGGACCACACACCUUCACCACAGAACCAUGGAGGGAGGGAGGGAG